GAGAGGGAGGGGGGAUGGCGAGAGGUGAGCUCCUUCAGACGUACCGUCAGGGACGGUUUGUGCUUGGUCUUACACGCAGCCUCGCGUUCCUGUGGCAGUGACAAACGCCUCAUAAAUUAGCGUGUUUUAAGUAUUUCUGUUGAAAAGGGGUUGUCUCUUGUCUUUAGAACUGCAGGCUGCCUGGGCCCACUGUUAUUUUAUAUUAUUGCGGUAUGUAAUACCUAAAAUGUAGUCGCUUCGAUGCUGUAAUCAAGAUGGGGGCUGGUUUUGCUGAAAGCUGUACCAAAAGAAUGAGUUUCUUUCUGUGGUUAUGGAUGGCAGUGAGGAUCAGCUUUUGUUGAUGCAUAUGCAACAGCAAGAAAAUGCAGGUUUAUCUAGCACAGUAAAUGGGCAUGAGGCAGAAAAGAGGAUAAGGGUGAAAAUGACAACCAGAUGUGUUUGUAUGCACUAGAAAAGAGAACACCUAAUUUGAUGUCAGAGCAUUUGUGUUUGUGUUUUUACGGUAAAAUGUCACUAUACAAAUGUUAGUAAUCUUUGCUGGCCAUCUGCCUAACAAGAUUUUGAAUGUCAACCUUCUUCUUCUUGCUGUCUUUUGUAGGCUCAGUGCUUAGUGGUAUAGAGAACAUAUGGACAUAAGACCCUGCCCCAAGAAUGAACAGCUCGAAUCUUUCAUACCAGACAACUAAAACCCCCACCACAUGCAUGCUGUUUUCAGAUUUGGGCACAACAUAAGUGCUUUAAAAUUCAAAUAAAAUCCCUGGUGCAGUGAUGACAGCCAGCUUGGAAGUUUAACAGAGACUAUGAGAUAACGGCCAAAUUCCUAGCCCUUCCACUUGGAAACUCAAACUGUCUCCUUCAUGGAAACCUCUUCUUACAGGCAUAGAGGCUAUUGCUCCUAGUAGGAUUUCUUCUAUGAUCUCAGAGAAACAGGUUUCAAUGUGAUUCAUGGCAGGGGACGUGGAAGGGUUUAGCUCCUCCAUCCAUGACACCAGUGUCUCUGCUGGAUUCAGAGCACUGUAUGAGGAGGGAUUGCUUCUUGAUGUCACACUUGUCAUUGAAGACCACCAAUUUCAGGCCCAUAAAGCGCUGCUUGCCACCCAGAGUGAUUACUUCAGGAUUAUGUUCACAGCUGACAUGCGAGAACGAGAUCAGGACAAAAUCCAUUUGAAAGGUCUGACAGCUACAGGCUUCAGUCAUGUCCUCCAGUUCAUGUACUAUGGAACUAUUGAACUGAGUAUGAACACUGUUCAUGAAAUCCUUCAGGCUGCCAUGUAUGUCCAGUUGAUAGAGGUGGUAAAAUUUUGCUGCUCUUUUCUCUUAGCUAAAAUCUGCUUAGAAAACUGUGCAGAAAUUAUGAGACUUUUGGAUGAUUUUGGUGUAAACAUCGAAGGAGUCAGGGAAAAAUUGGACUCCUUUCUGCUAGAGAAUUUUGUGCCGCUCAUGUCCAGACCUGACUUUCUUUCCUAUCUGAGCUUUGAGAAGCUCAUGUCUUACUUGGAUAACGAUCAUCUGAGCAGGUUUCCAGAGAUAGAGCUGUAUGAAGCUGUUCAGGCUUGGCUGCGCCAUGAUAGAAGACGCUGGAGGCAUACGGACACCAUCAUUCAGAACAUCAGGUUUUGUUUGAUGACACCAUCCAGUGUUUUUGAGAAGGUAAAAACAUCAGAGUUUUAUCGAUACUCCCGGCAGCUGCGACAUGAGGUUGACCAAGCCAUGAAUUACUUUCAUAGCGUUCACCAACAGCCUCUGAUGGAAAUGAAAUCGAACAAAAUUCGUUCUGCCAAACCCCAGACUGCAGUAUUUAGAGGAAUGAUAGGACACAGUAUGGUAAACAGUAAAAUUCUUCUCUUGCACAAACCAAGGGUCUGGUGGGAACUAGAGGGUCCUCAAGUACCUUUACGACCAGACUGCCUUGCCAUUGUGAAUAACUUUGUAUUCCUAUUAGGCGGGGAAGAACUGGGGCCAGAUGGUGAGUUUCAUGCUUCAUCCAAAGUGUUUAGAUAUGACCCAAGACAGAACACGUGGUUACGAAUGGCAGACAUGUCUGUUCCGCGAUCUGAGUUUGCUGUUGGAGUUAUUGGGAGGUAUGUUUAUGCAGUGGCUGGGAGAACCAGGGAUGAAACAUUUUACUCAACUGAGCGGUAUGAUAUUACUGAAGAUAAGUGGGAAUUUGUGGAUCCUUAUCCAGUCAAUAAAUAUGGACACGAAGGGACUGUGCUUGGUAACAAGUUGUAUAUCACUGGUGGAAUUACAUCAUCUUCAACUUCUAAGCAAGUGUGUGUAUUUGACCCCAGUAAAGAAGGGACAGUAGAGCAGCGCACAAGGAGAACUCAAGUGGUCACUAACUGUUGGGAGAACAAAUGCAAAAUGAAUUACGCAAGAUGCUUUCACAAAAUGAUUUCUUACAAUGGUAAGCUUUAUGUCUUUGGUGGUGUCUGUGUGAUCUUGAGGGCGUCCUUUGAAUCUCAAGGAUGUCCUUCUACAGAGGUUUAUGACCCAGAUACUGAUCAAUGGACUAUAUUGGCUUCUAUGCCAAUCGGUAGGAGCGGUCAUGGCGUAGCUGUUCUGGACAAACAGAUAAUGGUUCUUGGAGGCCUUUGUUACAAUGGUCAUUACAGUGAUUCAAUCCUCACCUUUGAUCCAGAGGAAAACAAAUGGAAAGAAGAUGAAUACCCAAGGAUGCCCUGCAAGCUGGAUGGUUUACAAGUGUGCAGCUUGCACUUUCCUGAAUACGUAUUGGAGCAUGUUAGACGUUGCAGCUAAAAGCGAGUGGAGCAACCCAGUCAAAUGUAAAAAGCUAUCCCUAAUUUGUCAGGAAAUCCAAACCAGUUGAAUUUCUCCAGAGACGUUAACUUGUGUAUAAGAACUGCUAAAUGCUUAGAGAAACAGGAUGUACAGGGAGAGUACUUAACCAAGUCUGCUAGAAAAACCAGUAGUUGGUCUGGUAUUGUAAAAGCUUUGUUUUUUUAACAAACAUAAUUGUAAGUAGAGGAAAGAAAAAUAUAUUUUUCAGUGUGCUUAUUUUUUGGUAGCAUUUUAUGUCCAUAGUACUUUUUUUGUUUUAACUGGCCUUUACACCACUAUGCUUCUGAAAUCAAUUGGAGUUUAACAAAAUAUCUGUGGAAGGAAGAGAAGGAGGACUUUAUUUUCAAUUUUUUUUUUAUUGAGCAUCACAAUAGAACUCAUCAGCUGUACUAGGGUACAACCAGGCUUAAAAGAACAAAACUGAACUGUUGUUGUAUGUUAUGUUGUCUUUGGAAUCUUUUCCCAUUAAUUGCUAAGUAUUCUCAAUUCUGCUAGGCAUUUUUGUUUUCCCUUAAAUACAUUUAAGAAUAAUCUUAACCCCUUUGCAUGACUUUUUUCCUGGUUUUGUAUAGUAGUACCAGUAAGUCUGCCAAAAUGCAAAUUAUACAUUUUCUACUAAAUUGAAAAUGAAACAUUUUUGUAUUGAAAACACUAUUUCUAUGCUGCCUUCUGUUGUCUGCAUUGUGUUUGUUGGUGGUAAAAUAUAUGCACACACAUGCAUACACUGUAAAAUCUAUAUAUAAAUGCAUCUUUUUAUGUGCAGUUAGGAUAUUAUAUUUUAACUAGUGCACAGAUUCAGCCAUAUCUGUUGAAUUUUAGGUAGAGUAUUAUCCUUUAAUGAGCUAAAUAAUUAAAAAAUUCUUAAGUAACUGGAGGCCUCCUUUGGUAUCAAAAUAUCUUAUCUUUAGCCUAUACUGAUUGAUUCAGUAACUUUGAACUCUUUAUAUUGAUGCUACAUAAUGAACUGUUAAUAAUUUGUUAUUUUAUAUAUUAUUUUUAAAAAGUAAAAAAUACAUCUUUCCUGAAUUUCUUUUAC